GAUAAUGUUUUCGAUGUAGUACAAUCUUAAUCUUUUAACUUUGUGAUUGAUACCUCUGCAUUAUGAUUCUUUUUAAGAUUCUUAUUAAAAUAUAGAUUGAAUAAGAGUUCGGCCAGAAAAAUGUGCUCGUUUUCAAUUUGUUCCUGAUUUGAUAUGAACACAUCAUUACAUCUCAGCUGAAUAUGCAGAUGUCUUUAUGAAACGACACAAAACAGCUAGAACCUUGCUUUUUCACGAGUUUUACGGCCAGUCCCUAAAACUGAAAAACCAGCUGACGAUCAUGGAUGCUAAAACAGCAGCACUUGAUGAUGAAAAACUCGCAAUUGAAGCCAAUAUAGCAGAAAUCGAAGCCGCUAUAGCAGCCAUCGAAGCUGAUUCAGCAGAAAUGAGUUGGGAUAUGAGUAUGGAGGCGUCUCUGACAUCGCCAGACGUCACUGAGGAACGACAAACCCUGACAGCUGAAGCAGCAGAUGUCUUUAUGGUACGACUCAAAGCAGCUAAAGUCAAAAAACGACUUCGUCCGAAUUUUAAAUGCCAGCAAACGAUUAUGAAUGAUAAAGUUGAGACCCUAAAAGUUGAAGUUGAUGAAAUUAUGCUAGAUGGAGCACCUGCAGCAUGUGAAGUUGAAAACAAAUCGUCAGCUAAUGACUUUUUACAACAGGCGAGGAAUUUUUUUCAAGAUGCUUUUGAAGAGCUGAAGUCGAUUGAAAAAGAAACACCAGCAGUCGAAAUUGAAUCCCCAGAUGUCGAAUUGGAAGAACUAGCUGAUGAAGGGUUUCUGGACCAAGUGAGGUCGGUUUUUCAAGUUGCUUUUAAAGAACUGAUAUUAGACAAAAAGAAAACACCAGCAAUCGGAAUUGAAACAAGAGCAAUCGGAAUUGCAGCUAACGAAUUGGAAACACCAGCAGCUAACGGAUUGGAAAUACCAGCAUUUGAAAUUGAAACAAGAGCAGUCGGAAUUGAAACACCUGCAGCUAACGGAUUGGAAACACCAGCAUUUGAAAUUGAAACAAGCGCAGUCGGAAUUGAAAUACCUGCAGCUAACGGAUUGGAAACACCAGCAUUUGAAAUUGAAACAAGAGCAGUCGGAAUUGAAAUACCUGUAGCUAACGGAUUGGAAACACCAGCAUUUGAAAUUGAAACAAGAGCAGUCGGAAUUGAAAUACCUGCAGCUAACGGAUUGGAAACACCAGCAUUUGGAAUUGAAACAAGAGCAGUCGGAAUUGAAAUACCUGCAGCUAACGGAUUGGAAACAUCACCCAUCCAAGUGGAAACUUCAACUGUUCAAAUCGAAACUAUUUCUGUCGAAAUCGAAGCACGAGCUGUUGAAUUGGAAACACUAACUAUGGAAAUUACAGCUCUAGCUGUCGAAUUCGAAAAAUCGGUUAUUGAAGCAAACGAUCCAGCUGUUGAAAUAGAGGCACCAUUAGCCAAAAUCGAAACUCUGGUUGUUGAAAUCGAAACUCAAGAUUUUGAAUUCAACAAGCUUUUAGAGACGCCGGUUCUAGAAAAAGAAACACAAGCUGUUGAAAUCAAAUCACUAGCAGACCAAGUUGAAAUGCAAAUAGUAGACGUCAAACUUCCAAAUUUUGAGGUCGAAACACAAGCAAUCGAAUUUGAAAAUCAGCCAUCAGUAAUCGAAACUUUAGCUGUGGAAAUAAACACAUCAGUUGAUGAAAUCAAACCACCGGCAGUCGAAUUGGAAACACCAGCAGUUGAAAUCAAAACUCCACCGAUCGAAUUCAAUAAACCAACUAUCGAAUUCGAAAGACCACUUAUCGAAGUGGAAACAAUAGCUGUGGAAGUGAAAUCCUCAACAGUUAAAAUUGAGGCACCGACUGUCAAAUUAGAAUCACCAGUCAGCGAAAUCAAGACACCAGCUGUGGAAAGCGAGUCACCAGCUGUCGAUACAAAAACUCUUUCUGUAGGAAUCGAAGAACCAACUGUCCAAAUAAUGGCACCAGCUGUUGAAAUCGAAAUUGCAGUUGAACAGGUAGAAACAAAAGCUAUCGAAAUUGAAAAAUUAGCUGUGGAAGUUAAAAGACCACCUAACGAAAUAAAAACACCAAUAAUUGUUGAAUUCGAAAAGCCAGCCAUCGAAUUGGAAGCACCAGCUGUUGAAAUCAAAGCACCAGCUGUCGAAUUGGAAACACUAGCUGUUGAAAUCAAAGCACCAGCUGUCGAAUUGGAAAUGCCAGCUGUUGAAAUCAAAGCACCAGCUGUCGAAUUGGAUACACCAGCUGUUGAAAUCAAAACACCAGCUGUCGAAUUGGAAAUGUCAGCUGUUGAACUCAAAGCACCAGCUGUCGAAUUGGAAAUGCCAGCUGUUGAAAUCAAAGCACCAGCUGUCGAAUUGGAAACACCAGCUGCAGUUAAAAUCAAAGCACCAGCUGUCGAAUUGGAAAUGCCAGCUGUUGAACUCAAAGCACCAGCUGUCGAAUUGGAAACACCAGCUGCAGUUGAAAUCAAAGCACCAGCUGUCGAAUUGGAAAUGCCAGCUGUUGAACUCAAAGCACCAGCUGUCGAAUUGGAAAUGGCAGCUGUUGAAAUCAAAGCACCAAUUGUCGAAUUGGAAAUGCCAGCUGUUGAAAUCAAAGCACCAGCUGUUGAACUUGAAACACCAGCCGUAAAAGUGGAGUCACCAGCUCCUGAAAUCAGAACAACAGCCUUCAAACAAAAGACUUCUGCACGAUUCUUAAAGUUGUUUCGACCAGCCGCCAAGGUUGAAAUGCCAGCUAAUGAACAUGAGAAACCAUUUCAAAUCGAAGGACCAGCUGACCAGGUUGAAACGCCAGCCAUCGAAAUCGGAAUUCCAGAUGUUGAACUGAAAACACCGGCUGUCGAAGUGGAACCUUCAACUCCCGAAAUCAAAUCAACAGCUGCCAAAAGAAAAUCAUUUGCACGAAUUUUACGAUUGUUUCGACCAGCUGCCAAAAUUGAAAUUUUAGCUGACGAAGAUGAAACAUCUGCUGCUGAAAUUAAAGCAACAGCAGUUGAAUUUGAAUCACCAACUGUUGACUCUGAAGCACCAGUCCAAAUAGAAACAUCUGCUAAAGAAAUUUCAGUGGAUCAGGUUAAAACGCCAAAUUUCGAAACCGAGAAACCGGUUGUAGAACUCAAUGAACCUGCCGUCGAAGUGGAGCCUUCAGCUCCUGAAAUCAACAAUACACCUGACAAAAGAAAGGAUUUGUCGAGAUUUUUAAAAUUUUAUCGACCUGCCGCAACAGUUGAAAUUGUAGCUAACGAACAUGAAACACCUGUCCAAAUUGAUACUCCAGAUGUUGAACUUGAAACACCAGCCGUCGAAUUGGAGUCACCAGCUUCCGAAAUCAAAACAACAGUUGUUAAAAGAAAAACUUCGUCGCGAUUUUUACGAUUGUUCCGACCUACCACCAAAGUUGAAAUUGUAGCUGACGAACCAGUUGUUGAAGUGGAAACAAUAACUGCCGGAGUAGAACUGGAAGCAUCAACUGUCAAAUUAGUUGAUCAAGUAACAACACCAGCUGAUGAAAUGAAAGCAUCGAAUGUUGAAAUGUUGAAUGUUGAAAAUGUUGAUAACGAAACAUCAGCAAUUGAAUUAAAAACAUCACAUGUCGAAGAAGACAGAAUGGCUUUGGAAAUAGAGAGAAUAGGGAAUUUUUUCACGCUACUAUCACUACUACUUUUAUUAGUUGUAGUAGUUUAUGGUUUGAGAUUUUAAUCCUGGGUCAAUUGCACGAUAUUGUAAAUUUUGUGAAUAUAUGUGAAAUGUUAUCAAUAUUUUUUUAAAUAAAUGGCGAAAGUUACAUUUUUUAAUUGGUAUGUGUCAGAAAUAAAAAAUAUUAAUGGCAAAUCAAUUUUUCUUAUACUUUUUUUUAUAAUUUUUUAUUAAAAUUCGGUAAAAAUUCCUUGACAGCUUUUUAAAAUUCGUACAGUUCGGCACCUUUUAAAAGUUCGUACAGUGCGUACUGACCAACUAUGCUCUUGAGGAUCAGUCCCCUCAUCAACAGUUAAAAUUUCUUGAUACUUUGAUAAUUUUUUCGAUGUUGUAAAAUUUAUAUGGGACGAUUGCUGAGUAAAACAUCAUUUUCUUG